AUGAGGCGAUUGUUAAGUUUCUGUUUGUGGAUCAUAGUUGCAGUCCCUGAGAAUUUAACCUUGAACUCCUAUAAUAAAUGCACCAAAGAUUUGUUUACAGUUAAUGUGAUCCUAUUGAACGAUUCGCACUCUCCUUGGGCUUUGCAUAACAUUCGUCCGUUAAUAAAAGAUCGAAUUCAACACAUUCAAAGCAGAUUUAACGAGAAAGUGAUCAUUUUGUGUGGGACAAAUAGUGACAUUGAGACAUUAUUAAGUGGAGUUACUAUGGACAAAGAUAUUAUUAUCAUCCUGGUAGACCUGUUCAAUCACACGUAUUCUCCUGAGGCAGAUUCAAUGGAUUACAUGGAACACGUUCUGGUGGUAACCCUACUGCCUCCAGCUUACAACCAGACCUCACAAAAGGCCAACAACACUGCAAUGAUGUACAACGACUAUAUGCUUGGUUAUUAUGAUGCUGUUCUGCUCUUCAGUACUGUACUUGAAAAUUUUCUGAUGAAAAAUCAGUCCCCGAAACCAUUUGACUUCAGCGAAAACUUUCGAAAUAUCACCUUCCAAGGAGCCUUGGGACCAAUACACCUGGAUGAGUUUGGAGAUCGAGAUAUUAACCUGACUGUUCUGUACACCUCAGUCAAAACAAGAAAGUACAAAACGUGGUUUUACUUUGACACCAGGACUAAUAACACCCAUUGCAUGGAUAGCAAGCCUGAGUUUGUGUGGAGCAGUGGAUUGCCCAAUAGUGUUCCUGAAUCCGCACAAGGCAAUCCGAACCUGAAGGUUGCAGUGACAGCUCUGACUGUCACUAUCGUGUUGGUUAUGGUGUUGGUUAUGAUGAUCACUCUUGUUGUACUGUGGAAGUACAGAAAGGAACAGAAACUAUACUUAGAGAAAUGGUCACACAUUUCUCGUGAUCAAAUCCUACCACUGGAGGAAGAUGAGAAAAACAGCAUCAACCUGAAGAUUGAAGAGGACAAAAGAAAAGAAAACCUGGUGCCUUUAUGGAGAGCAAAAUAUGACAAAAAGAUUGUUGUCUUGAAGAAGCUGAAACACAAAGAUGGGAACUUCACUGUGAUGCAAAAGAUUGAACUCAAUAAGCUGCUGCAAAUCGAUUAUUACAAUUUAACGAAAUUCUAUGGAACAGUAAAGGUUGACUUUGAGAUAUAUAAAGUGAAUGAAUAUUGUGAGCGAGGAUCACUGAGGGAUGUUUUGAAUGAUAAAAUAUCGUACCCAGACGGGACUUUCAUGGAUUUAGAGUUCAAGAUAUCAGUCAUGUAUGAUAUUGCAAAGGGCAUGUCUUAUCUACACUCAAGCAAAAUUGAAGUACAUGGGAGCCUGAAAUCGACAAACUGUGUCGUGGACAGCCGGAUGGUGGUGAAAAUUACUGAUUUUGGGUGUAAUACUAUUGCCAUGCCACAGAAAGACCUGUGGACAGCUCCUGAGCACCUGCGACAGGAGGGAGUAUCUCAGAAAGGUGACACGUACAGUUUUGGCAUUAUAGGUCAGGAAAUCAUCUAUCGAAGAGAGACCUUCUAUACUCAAUCGUGCAGCGAUAUUGCAGAGAAGUUAAAGAGAGUAAUGUUAGCAAAUGGGAGUGAGCUGUUUCGACCUGACCUUCCCCUGGAAACAUCUAACGACAAAGAACUAGAGGUGUAUGGGCUGAUCAAAAAUUGCUGGGAAGAAGAUUCAGAAAAACGACCAGAUUGCAAGAGAAUUGAGGCCUUGCUGGGCAAGAUAUUCAGCGCAUUCCACAGUGAAACUGACAAGAGCUACAUGGACACACUGAUCCGCCGACUUCAGAUGUACUCGAAGAACUUGGAGCACCUGGUAGAGGAGAGAACAGCCCUGUACAAGGCUGAGCGUGACAGAGCAGAUCAGCUCAACUACAUGCUAUUGCCUAAGCCAGUCGUGAUAUCGUUGAAGACAACGGGUCAGGUUAAGGCUGAGCUUUUUGAAGAAGUGACUAUCUACUUCAGUGAUAUAGUGGGGUUCACCACCAUCUGUAAGUUCAGCACUCCCAUGGAGGUGGUUGACAUGUUAAAUAACAUGUACAAGAACUUUGACCAUAUCCUGGACAAUCACGAUGUCUAUAAGGUGGAAACGAUUGGGGAUGCCUAUAUGGUAGCAUCUGGUUUGCCAAGGCGGAAUGGAAACAGGCACGCAGUGGACAUCGCCCGGAUGGCCCUGGACAUUUUAAAUUUCAUGGGGUCAUUUGAGCUUCCUCACCUCCCUGACCUGCCUAUCUGGAUUCGGAUAGGUAUUCAUUCAGGUCCAUGUGCAGCCGGUGUGGUAGGGACCAAGAUGCCACGAUACUGUCUGUUUGGUGACGUGGUCAACACAGCCUCACGAAUGGAGUCUACAGGAUUACCAUUAAGAAUUCAUGUAAACCAAUCGACAGUCAAUAUACUGAAGAGGACAGAGUGUAAAUUUGAAUAUGAGAUGCGGGGAGAGACCUACCUGAAGGGAAGAGGAACUGAAGUGACCUAUUGGCUCACGGGAGAAACAGAUUGCAAUUUCAGGCUGCCAGCCCCACCUUCAGCGGAAAAUUUGCAGAGGCUUCAGGCUGAUUUUGCUCAAAUGAUAAUUGAAUCCCUGGAGAAGAGAAGAGCAUUAGAAUUGGAAGCAGGAAUUGAAGACAGGGGCGAGAAUGACUGGGAACUUGAGUACUUGCAGCUGAACUCCACAGAGAUACUCAGCACCUACCUGUAACUGUUAAGUGCUGUCAGAGGUUGUCUGGAAAUCUGGUUCAGUCCUGUCCGGAUCUAUUAUUCUUGCAAGUGGGACCUCUGUACUUCAAAGAAACAGGAACUAUUAACAUUAUUUUCAGAUUUUCUGUUGAUAGAAAACCUUGGGGGUGGAAUACCUCUGCUAUCUGCAAUAUAUGCUACACCAAACUUAGGUACAGUAGGGAUGUGAUAUACAGUAAACCUUCCUCUCCAUUACAGCACUAAGCAGCUCCAGGUCAAAUACAGCACAAGAUUGAUCCAGUGUAAAUUUCCCUCUACAUUCAGCUAGUACCAAUCUUAAUGCUGAGAAGUGUUUGAGCACACAAUCUACGCUAACACUUCAAUGGAAUAACUAAGUGAGUAUUAGAGUCAUAAGUCAUAGAAUUGUACAGCAUGAAAACAGACCUUUCGGUCCAACUCGUCCAU